UUAGCCAAGAAAAAGAGAAAGACUGACAGCAAAAGGAAGAGUGUGAUUUUGAGUCAUACAACAUGGCAGCCUCUGUCAUGACCUCUUUGGCUCUGAAAUCAUCUCCAUCUCCAUUCUUGGAACGGCCGCGGUUUCGAGGCAUCCAGGUCCAGUCAUCAGCAAGAUCAUCAUCCUUAAGAGUAAUGGCCAAGAAAGCAAAGAAGAUUCAGACUUCUCAGCCUUUCGGGCCUGCUGGAGGAUUGAACUUCAAGGAUGGUGUUGACGCAUCUGGAAGGCCAGCCAAGGGAAAGGGUGUCUACCAGUUUGUCAGCAAAUACGGAGCAAAUGUUGAUGGGCACAGCCCAAUAUAUAACCCAGAAGAAUGGUCUCCAAGUGGUGACGUUUAUGUUGGAGGAAAGACAGGGUUGUUGCUCUGGGCAGUCACUCUUUCUGGAGUUUUGCUGGCUGGUGCUCUUCUUGUCUACAAUACUAGUGCCUUGGCUUCUUGAAGCCUGGAUGCAGCAAAUCAAAUAUGUACCAUGUUGUGUUUACAUUAUCUACAAUAGAUCUGUAUUCAGCUAUAUGUUCCUAGACUUUAUUACCAGAUGUGAAUAAAAAUCCCAUGAACAAGUAA